AUGCUUCUCCCAGCCUCGUUUUCGCGACAUAUCUCUUCUCUUAGGUCGCUGAAUCGGAAGUGGCAAAGACUCGUAGCGAGAAGGAACAGAAACAAUGACGGACUUUCGAGUCGUAUGCUUGAUGUGUUUCUACGAACUUGGGACUUAGGAUUCACCAGUUUUGGUGGACCUCCCGUGCACUUUCGUAUCCUACAUGAGAGAUUCGUGCAAGGAAAAGGAGAGAAGGAAAAAUGGGUCGAUGAGCAGACUUAUCAGGAGCUCUUUGCGAUAUGCCAGGGUCUUCCUGGCCCAGCAAGCACAAAGAUGAUUUUCUGCCUGACCCUGUUACAUGCUGGGUUUAUUCCAGCACUGUUAGUUUUCUUCAUUUGGAGUCUACCGGGAGCGAUUGGCAUGUAUGCUCUCUCCCUUGGUGUCCAGAAAAUUGGCGACACUCUUCCUUUACCGGUGUAUGCGCUUCUCUCUGGAUUAAAUUCCUCAACUGUUGGCAUCAUUGCACUUGCAGCUGUGCAGUUAGCCGAGAAAGCUAUUCGCGAUAGGCUAACUCGCAUCUUGGUAAUAUUCGGUGCAUGUGCUGGACUAUGUCAUAAUUCUCUUUGGUAUUUCCCACUGUUAAUGGUUCUUGGAGGUCUGGCAAGCAUUAUCUGGGAUGGAUGGAUGAGCCAACAAAUCCGGAAGAUAAAGCUUGCAUGGAGGAGAAGACACACGGUCCAUCCCACCACUGAAACGGAGCUAGCAACUAUGGAGAGUGCUCCGAUGGAAGAGGGUGGACGAAACCCCGGCUCUAACCAAAUUGACAAUACACCUGAAUCGCAAAGAAAUCCAGUCCGAUCACGAAACGUUGGUCCUAGGAGUGAAUCGGUUCGCCCGAGCUCGGCAGAUACUCCAUUUCAUCAAGAUGCAGAAGAGCGUCCCUUGCCGACCCAUAGGAUCCGUAUUCGAGUGGGAAUUCUCAUUACAGUUUGUUUCUUUGCAUCCUUCAUUGGCCUUCUUGUGGGUAGGAGCGUCUCCGAGCAACCGCCAUUGGCACUUGACCUUUUCACCAACAUGUAUCUGGCUGGUACCAUCAUCUUCGGCGGUGGGCCAGUUGUCAUCCCUCUUCUUCGCUCCUAUGUCGUUGCACCUGGCUGGGUUUCUAGUCGGGACUUUCUUCUCGGACUAGCAAUCAUUCAAGCCUUCCCAGGUCCUAACUUCAACUUUGCUGUUUAUCUUGGGGCUCUAGCCUUACAAAACUCCCAGUUUCCAACAAUCUUCGGUGCCUUUCUGGGAGGACUUGGAAUCUUCUUUCCUGGGAUUGCAUUGGCAGUUGCCGUACAGAGCUUUUGGAGAACUCUCCGGCAGCGAAAAUGGGUUGUCGAUUUUCUUAGAGGUGUGAACGCAACUGCGGUCGGAUUGGUAUUUACUGCUGUUUAUAGGCUCUGGGAGAUUGGGUAUCUUACUCCUGAGGCUACUAAUGGGCAGAGUCUGGCAAAGGAGCCAUGGUGGGUGGUGAUUGCUGUUUUGACUUACGCAGAAAGUGCAUGGUUCAAUGUGCCAUCUGCUGCUGCGAUCAUAGUUGGUGCUGUACUGGGGCUUUGCUGGUAUGGGGUGGUGGGCUAUUAG